AACCUUGGUAUCAAGACAGCAAAUGCUCAAUAAUCAAUGAGCUAUUCUCAGAUUCUAGUCACUCCGCAAUCAGAACCCUUGGAAUUUCAUCUUACGGGGUCCUCCAUAGUCAUGCAAUUAUCAUGAUCAUCGCCAGCAGUAACACUCUCUACAUUUGCGUCAUACCUGAAUUGUACCAAGGAUUCGUAGAAGACAUCUUGCGUUGUCUUAUUGCAGUCUGUUAAUAGCAUCCACGGAAUAAACUACACCGGUCUUUUACUGAUUUCGAGCGAGUGAUUUGACAUAUUGCUAAAAAUUCGAAAAACAUUAUCAUGAUAAUCGUUGAUGUUCAGUUCACUGGAAUUACCAGGAGUUAUUAACCAACAGCGGGCCUGCUCAUCAACGUGAUUUUGACCAGCUUAUUCGGCCUAAUCACAUAUAAAGCAACUGAUAUUCUAGAACACACUGAAACUGGAUGGAAAUAAGUAAAAGCGUUACAUCGAAUUGUAUCAUCUCUCAUCAAAGUACGAUUUCAAUUCGCUUUAUAGAACCAGAUGCCGGACCUAUACUUCUAUGAUUGCUAUGUCAGGAAAAUACUCGGAGAAGAUGAAAGGAUGACAGACUCUGAACAACGUAAAGAUGACAGAUUUACAAAUGACCAAAGCCUCGCUGCCCUUUCAAGAAGCAAAGUCGAAGCAGAUCGCCAACGCAUAUCUGUCCUUCAACAACGCAAGGCACGGUUAAAGGAACAGUGCGCCCUCAUGAAGGAACACCAUCAAGUCCGAGAUGUAGCCCUAGAUCCGCCAGAACAACUCAUUGUCAACGAAGAGUAUCGGAUCAUCUACUGCAACGUACCGAAAGUAGCCUGCACCAACUGGAAGACCAUUUUACUGGAACUAGGGGGGUUUAGCGAAUUCAAUACUUCGAGAGAGGCACACCUUGGGGCUAAUAAGAAAGGUCGACUCUAUCUCGAUUACCUACACAACUACAAUAUCAGCCAGAGGCGAUUUAUGCUGCAGAACUACACGAAGUUCGUCUUCGUCAGGCACCCUUUCAAUCGCGUUCUUUCUGCUUUCCGAGACAAGCUUGCUCCAAACAUUUCCGUCUUUUUCCGGAACGAAGAUCGAAAGGGGACUUGGAUCUCGCAGUACGGGCAGCGGAUAAUUGACCGUUACCGCGGUAAGGCUGAAGCUGAUAGAGUCAACUCGAACUGGAAACAGCAAUACGACCUCACCUUUACAGAGUUUAUCCGGUUUUUGGUUGAUCCUGGAAUACAGUCGCACAACAAACACUGGGAUGACAUCCAUUCUAUAUGCAAGCCUUGUGAUAUCGAUUACGACGUCAUCGGCAAAUACGAGACGAUGAGCGAUGACGCAGACUUUGUUCUCAGACUUGCGAACAUUGACCCCAAAAUACAAUUUCCUAAACCACAUCCGUCACAUGUGACGAAUAGUUCGGACGGAUCGCUGGCUGAUACGGUCUAUCAAGGUGUUCCUAAAUCACUUAUGUAUAAACUGGCGAUGCUGUAUGCUGUCGAUUUUAAAUUGUUUGGGUACGACGCUGACCCGUAUCUACAAAUCUGAAAUCCGAAGUGACAAUACGUUAUUAUUUGAAUGUAUACUGAGUGUUAUGUUGCCGAUUUUGUAGUGUAAUUCAGACUUGGUAUUGGAUAGGGUUGGUCAUAUCUAGGUAGGCAAGCGACCGGCCUCAAUAUGGAAAAGCAAGGGGAGAGAGUAUAAAUAAAGAGGACUAAAGAUAAAGAACAAGGUCUCUCUAAAUAUGAGAAAUGAAAAAGACGUCUAAAAAAUCUUGCCGCAUAUCAAAAUACCCUGUGUCAUCCCAGGUCUUGGUCGUAAAAGUAAUAUCAACGGCAAUUAUUCAAGUGGUGUUUGCCUAUGUUUAUCCAUACAAUAACUUCAAAAUGUCUUUCCUACCUUCCAAUAAGACUUAAUUUCAGAUAUUUCGCACAAAAAUACAAGAAUGUACAAACAAAUUUUGAAGGAUUUGAGAUAUGUAUGGUGUUUUUUUUUUAGAUCACCGUUAUCAGCUGUAUUUAUUAUGCCUGUGUGCCGACUUUUAUAGUCAUCAAUUGUUGAGGGAGAUAGCUUAUAUCAUUACUUUUCAAAACACAUAGCAUCGUACGGUUGGUGAGUGUCUUUAAUUACGUUGUUACACCCCAUGUUUAUUUUGUUUACCGUAAGAUACUUUUCAUAUUUUUAUUCAGUUAUAGCAUAGCAACUUUUCAUAUAAAUUUCGCACACAAACAGAAAACAAAACCGGAACACUAAUUCCAAUUUGAUACAAUGUAUGGCACUAAAGAACAGAGAUGGUUUUCAUGAAUUAAAUGCACUCUGAAAAUUAAAUGGAGGUAAUGGGUAAAUCGCCCUUUAAAACGAUCGCGGAGUGACAGCAUUUUUAAUAAGGUUGGAAAGCGCUAUCUCUCCUCGGCCCUUUUACUCCUUUUCGCCUUCUGUGUUUUCAGAGUAUAUUAUGUAUAACCAAAUCUUAUUUGACAAAACAAAUUGGAGGAUUUCAGUAGCAUAUAACAGAGGGGUGUGAGAGUUCAGAUUUUUAGCCGAUUUCAGGUUUGUUUUCAGCUUAUUUUGGCUCCUCUAUGUACAAAAUGUAUGGGAGCUCUUUCUAUUUCAGACUUUUUCAGCACUCUUCAGCUUUUUUUUCAGAUCUUUUUAUUUGUGACCACUCACACCCCUGAUAACAUUAAAUUGUAACUUGUCAUCGAUAUGAUGUGUGUGACUGACAGGGAAGUGUAUCAUGGAAGAUCUUGUCUGAAGUUUUAUCUGACACGUCUAAUCUAUCCGGCAGUUACCAUAGUUACAAUGUUUCUCAGCCAAUCAGAGUCGAGGAAAUUUGUCAGAUCUGACAACUUGUCGGACAACAAAUAUUGAUGAAACGCUCUUAUGAAUUACAUGUAGGGUCGAAAUCAUGGAUAUCUUCGACCUCCUACCUUGUGUUCUUGUUUAUUAAUUACAAUUUAACCUAGUGACAAAUUUGUUUCAUAUGAUUUUGUAAUACCAUACCAAUUUCAUGGUUUUGUAUUUCAACUCGUAUGCUUUCGCGUUGUCCAAUAGAAUCAGCAGCGUUAGUAUUAUAUAACCAACAAAAUAAUUGAAGAAAAGCUGAAGAAAAUUUCACUUUCACUAGCUUCCAGGAAAUUCAUACAAAAUUGCUCUCUGACCCACAUACAUGUACGCUUUAUAACUGGAUACUCUAUGUACGCUAUCUACACAAAAUAGCUGUAUGUAGAUAAACAAAAGUUUGAUUUGAAAUUGUUACCAAUAAUCAAUGACUGAAAAUAAAACCAGCCGCCGCUGUAUUUUUUGUAAGAUUGAA